UUCUUUCACAAUCUGUUUUAUUUUGCGUUCAAGAGAAAACCCUACCAAGAUCAAACUCUUCAAGAUGCAAAUCUUCGUCAAGACCCUUACUGGCAAGACCAUCACUCUCGAAGUUGAGAGUUCAGAUACCAUAGACAAUGUCAAGGCAAAGAUUCAAGACAAGGAAGGGAUCCCACCAGACCAGCAGCGACUGAUUUUUGCGGGUAAGCAGCUUGAGGACGGACGUACCCUUGCUGACUAUAACAUCCAAAAGGAAUCGACUCUCCACCUCGUGCUCCGUUUGCGUGGUGGCAUGCAGAUCUUUGUCAAGACUCUCACCGGCAAGACCAUCACCCUUGAGGUGGAGAGCUCUGACACCAUAGACAAUGUCAAGGCUAAGAUUCAAGACAAGGAGGGCAUUCCACCAGACCAGCAGAGGCUGAUCUUCGCUGGAAAGCAACUUGAGGAUGGUCGUACCUUGGCUGACUACAACAUCCAAAAGGAAUCCACCCUUCACCUUGUGCUCCGACUCCGCGGAGGCAUGCAGAUCUUUGUUAAGACCCUUACUGGCAAGACCAUCACCCUUGAGGUGGAGAGUUCUGACACCAUUGACAACGUGAAAGCCAAGAUCCAAGAUAAGGAAGGGAUCCCUCCAGACCAGCAAAGGCUAAUCUUUGCCGGGAAGCAGCUUGAGGAUGGCCGUACCCUGGCUGAUUACAACAUCCAGAAAGAGUCCACCCUCCACCUUGUGCUCCGUCUUCGUGGAGGAAUGCAAAUUUUUGUCAAGACUUUGACCGGCAAGACCAUUACCCUAGAGGUGGAAAGUUCUGACACUAUUGAUAACGUCAAGGCAAAGAUCCAGGACAAGGAGGGAAUCCCACCAGACCAACAAAGGCUUAUCUUCGCUGGUAAACAGCUUGAGGAUGGCCGAACGUUGGCUGACUAUAACAUCCAGAAGGAGUCAACUCUUCAUCUUGUUCUGCGUCUCCGUGGUGGUAUGCAGAUUUUUGUGAAGACCCUUACUGGCAAGACUAUUACUUUGGAGGUUGAGAGCUCUGAUACAAUAGACAACGUUAAGGCAAAGAUCCAAGAUAAGGAAGGCAUUCCCCCUGAUCAGCAGAGGUUGAUUUUCGCUGGAAAGCAGCUGGAAGAUGGACGCACGUUGGCUGACUAUAACAUUCAGAAAGAGUCCACCCUUCACCUUGUGCUUCGUCUCAGGGGAGGUAUGCAGAUCUUUGUGAAGACCUUGACAGGCAAAACCAUUACUCUGGAGGUCGAGAGUUCGGAUACCAUUGACAAUGUGAAGGCAAAAAUCCAGGACAAGGAGGGAAUUCCUCCGGACCAGCAAAGAUUGAUCUUUGCUGGGAAGCAGUUGGAGGAUGGAAGAACCCUUGCGGACUAUAACAUCCAGAAGGAGUCCACCCUUCACCUUGUCCUCCGUCUUCGUGGAGGAUUCUGAAAUGUUCAGGGCUACUUUGUUUGGUCAGUUUCAGUGAUUGUUGGUUGUGGUCUGUGACCGACAGAACUUGUUUUUGUGUGGGUCUAUGGUGGCCCUUUAAAUAACUUGGUUGUGUUUCCUUUUGAACUCUGAAUAUUCCAGUCAGUACUUCCCAUUUGCUGUAAUAUCCAUCGUUUGUUAUAAUAUCCCAGUCAGUAUUUCCCAAUUAAGUCUCUCGUGUCUUAUGGCAUGGUGUUUCAUUCUUGAUUGCUUCUUAAUGCAUCAUGUUAUGGUAUUAGUUACUGGUAGAUUAAUAUGAGAGUUGCGCAUAACCCUGAUUACUGGA